GGUAAAUGACUAAAAAUGUAAUUUUGGAGCAGAAAAACAGAAUAAGACUAACGAAGAAGAUGAUGCUGGAAAAUUGAGGUGGAGGUGAAUAUUAUUGGAUUAACCAUUCCAACCCAUUAUGGCACUAAGCCUGAGAGUGACUUCUGUUUGGUCACCAUUUGUUCAGUUAUCUUCUACUGCCUCUUCUGGAUUCUCACUCUCACUCUCCCAAUCAUGCUCUGUUUCCAAACCGAGUUUUCAUCUCAAACUCAAUACUAGAAGAAAGUACUCGUACCAAACAAGGUUCGUGAUUAGAGCUGCUAGAAUUGAGUCCAAAAGUGUCACCUUGGGUUUCAGAGCCCCUCAAUUUCAGCUUUCAGAGCCUCUGACUGGAAAGGUCUGGACAUUGGAAGAUUUUGAGGCUCAUCCAGCUCUAUUGGUUAUGUUUGUAUGCAACCACUGUCCAUUUGUUAUACACCUGAAAAAAGUCAUCGUAAAGCUUACUGAAUUCUAUAUGAAGAAAGGACUUGCUGUCGUUGCUAUAUCUUCAAAUUCCGUAGCCACACACCCCCAGGAUGGACCAGAAUAUAUGGCAGAAGAUGCUAAAUUGUUUGGUUAUCCUUUUCCAUACCUAUAUGACGAGUCACAAGAUGUUGCACGGGAUUUUGGAGCAGUUUGUACACCAGAAUUUUAUCUUUUUAAAAAGGAUGGUCGAAGGCCGUUUGAGCUGGUUUAUCACGGUCAGUUUGAUGAUUCUAGGCCAAGUAAUAAUAACAUACCAGUAACUGGAAGAGACUUGAGCUUGGCAAUAGAUCGUGUUCUGAGUGGACAGCCGGUACCAUCAGAGCAAAAACCUAGUGUUGGAUGCAGCAUAAAGUGGCACCCAUGAAAGACGUCUUGAUUUGUACAUUGUAAUUAUCUUACUCAAGAUAUCAAUCAGUGAGUCCAAGUUUUUCGUUCGGUUCUAUAUUUAUGUAAUAUCAUGACUGUAUUAACUGUUUGUUCUUUUCUUUCCGUUGAGAGUGUGAUUUGAAAGGAAAUGGUGUAAUUUGUUAUUCUUAUUUCCACUGAAUAUGUUAAUGAUUAAGGAACUUGUGUAAUGAGAAAGCAUUUAAUCAGAAGAGGUUCUAGUUCCCCCGUUCUU